GAGACACACGCAGCCUUACAUUCUACAACCGUCCCCACUGCUCCUCCUCCCAAGUCGGACCUCUUUUCCAAGUUCGCUUUCUCUAACUAUACAAACAUGCGCCUGCACACCCGCCACAAGGAAUAGGCAAGCUCUGGAAAACGGAAGAAAGUAGAAAACAAGAAAUUAGGCUUCAAAAUGUUGUCUCGAAAGCCUAUCAAUUAUAUGCAGAAGACGUACGAUGACUGUUACCUCGUGUGUUCGACCGCCGUGUAUUUCGAGACACAAAAUAACGAAGCCGAGGCCUUACGGAGCUGGAAAAAUGCACUGGAGCAGAUUCGCUACCACAAUGCGUACAGGCUCCCUGCUGGUUAUACGCCCAAGAGCGAGACCGAGCGCGCUCUGAUGGAAAGCUUGAGGCAAAUGGAGGAGCAAUGCAAAGAGCGUGUGGAUUUACUCGAAGCACUGAAGAGGAGUCGAGAAGAGGUUGAGGAUAAGGACAAGAAAGAGAGCAGCGUGAGAAGCCUCCCAUGGCAUAAUGGUGGCGAUCCUGUGACCAUCUCGAAAGUGGACGGUUGGUUGGGUGGAGGGACGGUACCGCCUAGCUCGUACGAUGCUAUCUCGAGGCCACCUCCGUUGCCGAAUAGACCGUCUUUACCAUCACGACAUGCAAGUCAGGAGGGGCGUGCCGUCGCUCAAAGGACGACAAGCUUAACAUCCCCACUACCAGAGCCUGAGCUGCCCAGCCUCACUCCAUUCGCGAGUAACUCAAGAAUAUCUUCCAAAUCCUCUAGAACACCCAGCCCGGAUAAAAAAGAACGCAGCCUGUUGCGGACUCUAAGACCAGACGGCGAACCCAAGAAGAAGAACCUCCCGAUUCGACAGAAGGCUCCUGUACCAGCUGCAAAAGCCGCCGCUCAAGCGUGGGUGCCGAACCGACCCGCUUCGUCAUCAAGCCUCGUCGUCCAGUCUUCUGAUAACGCAGCCAAAGCUGCAAGCAGAACUAGCCUUUCGCCCAGCAACGCGGCUAACACCAAGUUGCCCAGGGACAGAGACAGGUUGCGGAAAUCUGAGCCAGUACAACUACCGUAUCGAAAGGAGUAUGCUCAAGCUUGCCAAACUCCAAUAAAUACGGAAGAUGCAAUUGCCACUGCAAGAAAGAGACACGGAAGGAGGUCAUCCCCGCCUGAGGCGGAACAUGCCUCUGCAAAUGAUUAUUCUGAAAACUCGCCUGCACGGUCGAACGUGGAACUAUCUUCAGCCCUUAGCCGCGAAGAGGGAGCACGUGUGAGACGGAAGCCCAUUGCCAGACGCCAGGAGGAGGAGCCCGUUAUCUUAGGUGAAGAGUCCUCAUCGUCUCCAACUUCAAAAGGCCACCGCAGCUCCGAUGACGAUCACCUCGUUAGCCCGGAUGAACGUCUCUGGAAAGAAAAAGUGAAUCGAAUUAUGAAACGACUUCCAAAAGGCGUAGACGAGGCAUCAGCCAAGGCAAUUUUGAACGACAUUGUUGUACAUGGUGAUGAAGUACAUUGGGACGACAUUGCUGGCCUUGAUGUUGCUAAGAAUGCACUGAAGGAGACAGUUGUAUACCCGUUUUUGCGCCCAGAUCUCUUCAUGGGUCUCCGCGAGCCGGCACGAGGCAUGCUGCUUUUUGGCCCCCCAGGUACGGGCAAAACCAUGCUCGCCCGGGCGGUAGCCACCGAAUCUAAAUCCACUUUCUUCGCAAUUUCUGCCUCUAGUUUGACAUCCAAGUUCCUAGGUGAGUCAGAGAAGCUCGUUCGAGCACUGUUUGCGCUCGCCAAAGCUCUUGCUCCGUCUAUAAUUUUUGUCGACGAAAUCGAUUCGCUCCUCUCAUCGCGGGGGGACAACGGCGAGCACGAAGCUACUAGGCGCAUCAAAACUGAAUUUCUUAUUCAGUGGUCUGAUCUUGCACGCGCAGCGGCUGGACGAGAGCAGUCAGACAGGGACAAAGAGAGAGGAGACGCAAGUCGCGUACUAGUAUUGGCCGCAACGAAUAUGCCGUGGGCAAUUGAUGAAGCAGCAAGGCGGAGAUUUGUUAGAAGGCAAUAUAUACCGUUACCUGAGGACCAUGUGCGAAAAAUGCAGAUUGAGACAUUGUUGGGGCAUCAGAAGCAUGAUUUGACACCGCGAGAGAUUGACCAACUUGUGAGGCUAACAGUUGGUUUCUCCGGCUCUGAUAUAACAGCACUGGCUAAAGAUGCGGCAAUGGGACCGUUAAGAAGCUUGGGCGAGGCAUUGCUCAGCAUGAGCAUGGAUGAUAUACGUCCGAUUCAAAUGCAAGACUUUAUCAAUAGCUUGAAGAGCAUUAGACCGAGUGUUUCGAGACAAGGUCUUAAGCAAUUUGAAGACUGGGCGAGAGAGUAUGGUGAGAGAGGCGGCUGAUGCACGAGUAUACAAUAGUAUGCCGUUACACUUAAGAACUGAAUCGCUUAGGAAUGAAUAAACUAUCCCCAGUGGUCGAAAAGUAUGCGGGCUCACAAUUUUUUAAAGUCGAUGUGAUUGUAAAACAUAGCAUGGUAUCUAUCGUCAUUACAUAUUACGACGGAAAUGAAUAAAACGUACACCUGCCAG